AUGCCAAUGAAGGUUUAUGGCCGUCACGGGAGGUAUAACAGACUUGUAACGACUUUUGGUAAGACCCACGGUGAGGAAGAUAGCUGGUUUAGCAGCGACGAUGAGAACCACGGCAGACCAGUUAGCGACGACACAACCAAACUCAGCCUGAGCCAAGAUCGAUGCAGCGAAUUACCGGAGGAGACGAUAGGUGCGAAUAGAAAACGUCCGGCGGAGCGAACGCAGACGGAUCCGGUGUGGGAGUUUCUGGAACGGCCGGCAUCGGGGCAGAAGCGGAGAAGACGAGCAACAUGCGAUUCUACAGAAUAUAGAGAGAGUGCCAGUCAAGAGUUUCUAAACGCUGUGAACGUUGUGCAGGGCAUAGUGUCUUCUCUCAAGCCUGCAAAAGAGGUAGUUGAGCACUGGGCGGAGCUUGAGGAUGUGCCAGAGGAUCGGGGCAAUAACGGGCAGGCGGUCUAUGGCAAAACAAGAACCAUGCUUGCAAAAGCGGAAGAGGAUUCUGACACCGAAGCUGCUGCACAUGAGUCUGACGAACGCGCUGCACAGGGCGACGAAGCACUAUCGCGGCACUUUAAUGAGCUGCGUACGAUGGGCGAGACUCUUAAGUACAGCGAAGAUCUGGACUUUAUAUUGUCCGACAACUCCAUGACGACACCGGAACAUAGACGCAACAACAUGCUGCGCUUGUGUCUGGAUAUGAUGAACAACGAAGAUCUCUGCCAGUACAUUGUGAAAUACCGGCACCGCGAAGUAUGGGAAUGGUGCUUCCAGGGCACAGAUCCAAAACAGAAAGUGACAUCACUGCUGCAAUGUUUUAUUGCAGACAAAAUACCACUGUUGAGACAUGAUAAGCGAUGGGCUAUGCUUUCGCUAGAGAAUUUCAUUCUGCCGCUGGCCACGGACGAAGUGUUUCCUAAGAAGAUUGCUGGUUCUCGCUUGGUGAAACUGAAUUACCAGGACCUUCUCCGCAAGUUGAAGUUUACCAACACGUGUGAGUAUGCUCUUUAUAUAUGGGCAACCUAUCUGCUAUAUACGGAGGCAGUGUAUGGUGCUGUUCCUGCACUCGCGCGGCUAAUUUCCAGAGGUCAACUUAAAGAUUGGGAUACUGCAUGUUCACUUUUAGAAAACAAUAUCGUCGCUGCUCCGAGCGGUUCUGACAUUGAAGAAUACGCACAAGCGUUUCAGACUCUUGCUGGCCUUAGUAGAGAAAAGCUUACGAAUGAAGGUGUACUGAAGUGUCUGAUCAAGUUAACUAACCACACAACGGUUUUGGAGCUCUCGGCCGAUCUACUGCCAAGUCUUGUUCGCAGUCUUGCUAUGUCUGUGCAAUUACACCAGAAUAACAUCGUCAGCUCCAUCUCAGAGAUCAAAACAAACCUUCUAAUACUCCAGCUUGGACUGCUCUUGAACAUUGUGUCGGAGGCAACUACUGCAGCAAGCACAGAAGAGCUCACAAACUUUGGAGCCGUGUUCCGAAGUGUGUUUGUCAAAAAACCUACGGAGAUGUCUUUCGUGCUUCAACUGUUCUUGCUGGUCUAUGCCUACAGCGCCGGCGCUGCCGGCGUACAGUUACCCCCCGCAGAGGCGGACUUUCUCAAGUCCGAGCUUGAGGCUUUCGCUACAGACGUUAGCUCAUACAACCACAAUAUCCAUACGCGCAUUACGCGUGUGCUUGAGACACUCUGA